GAGACAGCCAAUCAUUCUGCUCUUGUUGUCCAAACUUUGGAAACUGUCGCAAAUAUGCCAGUCGAAUACAAGUCUGCGGCUCAGAGAUACAAGAUCACUGAUCAAGUCGACAGAUAUGUUUUCUUCGAUGAUAUAUUUAACUCUAAGGGAGAGUCCGCUCAAGACCCAUUAGCUGGAAUAUGGUUCCGUAUAGAGAAGGGCCCGCCAGUUGGUCCUGGGGUUCAUGGCUAUGAUGAGAGUGGCGUUGUAUACGAAGGCACGGUUACUCUGACUGACGAGACUGGAGUAGAGAAAAAAUUGGGCCCUGGAGACAGCUUUUUUAUUCAUCGCGGCAGCAAAGUUCUAUUCUCUUCGGAUGAUUACGGGGUGUGUUUCAAGUGUGCGGCACGCUCUAAGGGAAAAUUGUAAUCAUUGAAGUAACCGUGAUUGCGAGCGGUGACAUGUAAUUUUGGCCCCAUCUUCAAGUUUCGAACUUUCUCCUAUCAACGAAAUGUUCUACCUCUCACUAUCGUUAGUCUCGAAUGACC